UUGUACGUCAGAUCAAUUUCACCUAUCCAUUUAGAUUCUGAUUUUAGGCACAUCACUUUAUUCUUUAGUUUGAAGAUAAUUCUACAACUUCCUUCCAAAUCAACACCCUACCACCUUCACUUACACUACAAGAUGUUAAAUCAUUGCAAAAGUUCUUUCUUGCAAGCACAUAAAAAACAACUAUCCUUACUUAUAAGGAUAUCUCUCCUUGAAUUCAUUUGCAUAUGUAUAAUAUAUCAAGAAUUCAGUAUCAAAUCUUCCUUCACUAACAUAGCAAUCUAAUUGCAUUUCCAAGGGUUCGAAGUUUCAAAACCUAUUUAGCAACAACUAAGGAAUGAAGAAUAAAUUGAUUCGACGGAUCAAAAAAUUGUUUUCAUGUUCUGUGUGUAAGCCAAGUUCUCCAAACCAUGAAGCUUCUGUGGAUGUGCGUGAGGAAUAUGCUAAUGCAUUCCGUACGGAAUCAUACAUAGAGUUUUGGACACGUGUCCUUGCAUAUCCCAAAGCCCAAAACUCCUCUUCGACUUCGGCCCGUCUCCCCUCUUACCGUCUAUUUGCCGAGCACCUCUUGGAUCCUGAUCAGCCCACUGUUACAUGGGCCUUAAACAAAGUCCAAAGUAGGCCCACUAUCCAUGCUCUUUUGUCGGACUACUUUGCCCAUACUUCCAACGCCUCCCUACUUUGCAGCCAUUUAUUGAAAGACAUUGAUCGUGUGCGGGUUAAGUAUCAAUCACUUAAGACCAUUCUUCAAUGUGUUGCAAAUAAUCAAGAUCAUAAUACAACUACUUUAUCAUUAAUAAUGGCUCAAUUAACCGAAUUCUCCAACUCACUAAACCCGUUUGCCCAAUCAAGCCCAUCUUCGUGUUUGGUUCGGGCGGCCCAAUGCCAAUGCUCCGAAUUGUCAAAACGGCUUGAGUCGAGCCGUGACAAAGUCAGAGCCAAUCUGCAAAUGAUGGCUAGGCUAAAAGGCGGCUCCGCUUGUCUUCUGGUGGCUAUAACGGCUUCAUUCAUGGUGAUUGUUAUUACUCAUGGACUUGUUUUGCUUGUGGCUACACCUAGUUUGAUAGGAACAAUGGACUUGGUAAAAGUGGCUUCAGAAAGCAAGCUGAAGAAGGUCAUGGCUCAACUUGAUGCAGCCGCAAAAGGAACUUACAUUGUGAACAAGGACUUGGAGACCACAGGUCGGCUUGUGGCUCGGCUCAAUGAUGAGCUGGAGUACAUGAGGACAACAGUGAAGUUUUGGCUUGAGAGGAAAGAGGAUAAAAUUCAAGCUGAUGGAGAAGUGGUACGCCUGCUAAAGCAGAACCAAUGUAAUUUUAGUGAUCAAUUGGAUGAAUUGGAGGAGCAUUUGUAUUUAUGUUUCAUGACCAUUAAUAGAGCUAGAGACCUUGUGCUGAAAAAGAUCAUGCAUUCUGCUUGAUCUGCCACUAGUAACCUUUCAUAAUAAUUAUCAAUUAAUAAAUUCUU